AUGUCGUCUAAAGAGCUCCCUACCUCUCCGGGUCCUCAGACGACGGACGGCCCGUCCGCCCAUGAUCACGCUGAGACGAGACCAACCGACCUUCCCGUACAAACCCAGGAUUCUUUGCUAGACGAUAGUCCGACAGGCAUCAUGAACCCAGACAUUGCAGCAGAGAAGGAUGUGCCAGCAGCAUCUCCGGGCCCCGAAGUAGCGGAACCGACAAAGACUGCCCUAGCUCAAACGCCAGCUGAGCCGCAACCGCUUGCGGGGCACAUGGAGAGGCUACACCGUCAACUGCAAACACUCCCCCCGCCUCCUACGCUCCCAGAGAAAGACGCCCUUCACAUAAGCACAACUCCCACUCCUGCGCCAACGCUCCCGCUCAUCGAUACAAACACGAACCCUGGCUCCGAGAAAGAGCUUCCAGAAGUGCCGAGCGAUAGCGAUCGGGAGCUCAAACAAAAUCAACAAGUCGAAGGGGAACGGGAAGAUAAUGAUUCGCAGCCGGAGAUCCAAAAUAUCAUGGGGCAGUUUCAGGACCCCGCGCGAAGCACCGACCAGAACGAGAUCAUGUCUCCACGACUUGGGCUGGCCGAGCAGUUUCGCGGAGGUCCGACGUACUUCCCACCCCGGAAGUCGAGUCUGGACCACCCUGCUGCUACCGAGUCUGCAAGUCCUCCGGUCGCUGGAUCUGCGGGUGAUCAACCUGGACCCAUCCCCCACAAGCCCGAGUCCCCAGUAUCAAACCGACGAUCAUCCACGUCAACAGUUCCACCACUUCCAGAACCAGAGUCGGAGCAGCCAUUUGAUUUCCACCGGUUCCUAGAACAACUGCGUCACCGCACUGCCGACCCUGUAGCCAAGUUCUUGCGCUCAUUUCUCAUGGAGUUUGGGAAAAAGCAAUGGAUGGUUCACGAACAAGUUAAGAUCAUCAGUGAUUUCCUGACUUUUAUAACAAAUAAGAUGGCCAUGUGCGAAAUCUGGCGCGAUGUAUCGGAUAGCGAAUUCGACAAUGCCAAGGAGGGCAUGGAGAAGCUCGUGAUGAACCGCCUAUACUCCCAAACUUUCGCACCGGCGAUCCCGGCUCCGCCAACGAUACCCCGAAGCGCAAGUCGGAGUCGCCGAAGAGAACUAGAGCGGCUUCAUGGACCCUGGCGCCGCGGUCAACACCAAGAAGAUAUUGAACGAGAUGACAUCUUAGCCCAAAAAAUUCGCAUAUACAGCUGGAUCAAUGAGGGACAUCUUGAUAUUCCACCCGUGAGCGGCGGUGGACGUCGGUUUUUGAAUUUAGCACAGCAAGAGAUCUCAAAGAUCAAUGGCUACCGCGCACCCCGAGAUAAAGUCAUCUGUAUCCUCAAUUGCUGCAAGGUCAUCUUCGGCUUGCUCAAGAACACCAAAAAGGCAGAUACAUCAGCAGACUCAUUCAUCCCACUCUUGAUCUACGUGGUCCUUCAUGCGAACCCGGACCAUCUGGUCUCCAACAUUCAAUACAUCCUUCGUUUCCGGAACCAGGACAAACUUUGCGGAGAGGCAGGGUACUACAUCUCAUCUUUGUCCGGAGCGAUCUCUUUCAUCGAGUCGUUGGACCGCACCAGUCUGACCGUCAGCGACGAGGAAUUCGAGCGCAACGUCGAGGCCGCUGUGUCGGCCAUAGCCGAACAAAACCGUGAAAUCGAAACAUUCGAGGAACCCUCCUCAUCUCAACCUCCCCCAUCCCAACCCCAACCAGGGCCCAGUCGCCACCAACCCUCCCAGUCUAGCGACGAGGACAGUUCCGCUCCCGUCGCAGGGCUACUACGCACUAUCCAAAAACCUCUCUCUACCAUCGGCCGCAUUUUCUCCGACGAGCCAGACUCCGGACCCACUUCCCAAGACCGUCUUCACCCUGUCGCAACCCCCCAACCCGGUGUGGCACCUCGCCUCUCUCCGAACGUCUAUCAGCCUCCACGCGCCAGCAGCGAAGACGGCCGGCGCUCCGGAGACGAACGCUCCCACUCCGCCCACCGGGGUGGAACCUCUGCGAAGAAAAAACUCACCCGUGUACUCGAUGCGCAGGACGCCGCCGCACGCCAGGCGAGUGCUGAAGAUGCCGAGGCACGGCGUAUACAGCGUUCUGAACACAAGAACGUAGUAGAAACACUGUCGAACAUGUUUCCCAACCUUGACCGAGACGUGAUCGAUGAUGUCGUGAAGAUAAAGGAAGGACGUGUUGGUUUAGCGGUCGAUGCAUGCCUUGCACUCAGUGCAGAGUAG